ACAGUUUGUAACUUCAACUUUUAUAAAUUUGUACAUUGAUACCACUUGAUAAAUAAAUUAUUUAUCUUCUCCACAUAGUUCUGUAACUGCAAGAUUGCAAAUUUACACCGAUUCUUCUUAUGGAUAAUCAUAGUGUUCGAUGUUUGAUCAAUUUAAAGAAAUAAAAUGCAAGGAUAAGAUUUGAAUGCUAGGUAGCACGGACACGGAUACGGGAAAACGGGACACGGACACGGAUACGGGAAAACGGGACACUUGGACACGGCGAAACGGGAUGCUAGGAAGAUCAUCAGCUUCUCCUCUAUCAACCUUGGAUUCUGGAACACGUUUGAACUUUUUAAAUCCUGAUCUUCCAACAGCUGCACCAUGGAUUGUUCGUUUGAAUGGGGAUAGUACGUUCAACUGGGGAAUAUCGACUUCGCAAUUAUCUCCUAAGAAGUGGAUCGUACAUUCAACUGCACAAGUUGAUAAUUCAACUUUAAAUGAUGAAGAGAAGAAGACAUGGGAAGCAUGCAGAGAAGCACUAUCUGCAUUUGAAUUCAGUACCGAAGAGAAAGACAAGAUACUCGGAAAAGCAUUUGGCUUCGUGCAUUCGCCUUACUGGGGCGAAGAACGAAAACAAGAAGUCCCGAAAUAUGAAACUGUUUGUGAAAUACUUGAUUUUCUGAGGAGUCUAGGACUUUCUGAUGAAGAUCUUUACAAGGUAGUCAAAAAAUUUCCUGAAGUUCUCGGUUGUAAUAUUGAAUAUGAAUUGAAAAACAACGUGAAGAUACUCGAAAAGGAUUGGGCGAUAAAAGGAAAAACAUUAAGAAAUCUUCUCCUUCGAAAUCCGAAAGUAUUAGGUUACAAUGUUGACUGCAAGGGAGAUUGUGUGGCACAAUGCACACGGUGUUGGGUUCGGUUUUAGAUCAUCUAUCCUGAAACCAAAGGGAGCAUCACACAUUACUGUUCUUGUUAUAUAUUUUGUAUGUAAAUCAUUUCAUGGAAUAUAGUCGUACAUAAACCGGAAAGAAAAUGAUUAAUUUUUUAUUUUAUUUUUAAAAGUGUUGAUUGUAUGUUA